CUCGUCUUGUAUUUUUGUUGGUGUAUUACUCAGCUAUCUGUCGCUGAGAUUUUUCCAGCCCCGCUCCUUCUAUUGAUAUAGAGGACUCCGGUUGCCGAUUCGUGACCCCGCUUCUGAAACCCUUUUCUCACCUAGAUAGAGAAUCGGUGAAUAGAACUCCGGUUGUAGGCCAAUUUGCGACCCCGCUCCUGAUACCCUUUCCUCACUUUGGGAAUCGGUGAAUAGGACUACGGUUCCCGGUCGACUUUCGCUGUUGAUACAGUCUUCCCUCCUGUCUCCGCCGCACAAGUAUUUGCUCAAUGUCUAAAUCGAGGCUUCCCGCGCAACACUUUGCUGUUUGUUCACCACAGAGGUACCCACUACUGCUGUUGCAGCAGUGAUAACGUGUGUGUAUAAUGAACUCUCAGCCCCUUGGUGUAGAUGACCAAGUAGUGCGCUCACUUUCGUUUCCGCUGACCGUUGAUGAUCUCCCAAAUCUCCGAAUCCAGAUUUCCGCUCGAAGUCCACAGACGGAUGUUGUAGUCCACAGCAGUAGUAGGAUGUCUUGACCUCCGUCGUGACGUCCGCAGCUCCUAGUGUUCGCGUAAAGCGAGGCUCAUAACGUCACAAAAUGUGGCGUCCUGCAGCAGCGGAGGUGGCGGUGCUGCUGUAGCUCGUAGACUUUGUAGUCUACCACAGAGGUUACACUGCUGUCACCGCUCUAUCACAGAGGUUGGUCUACACUGCUGUGAGAUCGGUAGGCCCGAGCGAGCUCUGGAAAGAGAAAUGUAGAUAGAUUUUCUUAUCAACUGACUCCCUGGUCAGGCUUUGAUGGGUGCUAGAUGAGAGUGAGCACAAGGGGCGAAGGCGCGCUUGUGUCUCAUCUCAACAACAAAAC